AUGGCCAGACCCAUACCAGAUAUAGAUCUUCGUAACAUUUCCAAAGAAUUUAAGCCGACGGAUGAAAGCUUUUUCGAGGACGCUAUCGGUAAAGUACCAAAAAAUAGAAGCAAGGAUCUUAUACUAGGUACGAUUAGUGGUUGGUUGGUCGGACUGGGUGUGGCGAAGGUCGGAAAGAUCGCUGCUUUUGGACUUGGAGGCAGUGUGAUAAUACUCCACUAUGCCUGCGAGUUUGGCUACAUCCGAGUCAACUGGGAUCGGAUCAGGGACACGAUAGGGAAGAGUCAACAGGUUAUUGAGAAACUGCAGAGGUUCGUGAAGAAACAGAGCUGUUACUCCGUUGGAUUUGUAGGUGGCUUCUUUUUCGGCGUGGCGUCCGCUUGA